CUCGUGAGACGAGUGAAUCACACCAGUGUGGAACCUGAAACCGGUCAGUUUCACAAAAUUUCACAUUAACAAACGAACAUUUUGAACGGACGUUUUUAAUCGGGCUACCUGCCAGUAGGAAAGACCUACAGACUUGUCGAUCAACUUGUUGGACGUUUACAAUCCAGUAUAAACAGAAAAAAACUACCGCGACUGCAACUAGUGAAAAAGUUUGAAGGAUCAUCUUGAAUCGCUUCUCAACAACGACUAAUCUUUUAACCAAACUGUGCUGAGUCUGGUUAAGACGAGGAAAUUGGAAUCAUUUGCGCACAUUCAAAGACUUUAAAAUGGUCUCCACGCGUAUUGUGGUGAUAUGGAGCUGUUUGCUACUAUGUUUGCAUUUAAGUUUCGCAGACGUCACAGACCAGAGCUGUACCAAGAUAUUUGAGAAAGGCCAAGACAACUUUGUCCUGGAUACUGACGAGUCCGUGAAGGAGGGCGCCACAUACAUUGAUACCCCGACGGUGCAAAGCCCCGAGGAAUGUGUCACAGCCUGUUGUCGAGAUCUGAACUGUAACCUGGCAUUGAUCAAAACUGGCGUUGAGCAGAGUUUGCCACAGUGUUUCCUGUUUGAUUGUUUGUACAAGCAGAAGUACGUGUGCAGAUUUGUGAGAAAGGAUGGAUUCGUCAAUUACAUCCUUGACUCCGUCUUCGACAACUACCUGGAUGGACCAACAGCAGACCCAGGCGAAAGUGACAAGCAUCCCAUCGCUAACGCGGGGCAGGACAUGGUGGUCCAGCCCAAUGAAAUAAUCUACCUAAAUGGACUCCAGAGCUGGGAUGACAAAGAGAUCACCAGCUAUGAGUGGAGCCAGGUGUCAGGAGACCCCUCUGUGGAGAUGCAGAAAACGUCAUUGAAGGACCAAAUCGAGCUGUCCAACCUGAAGCCCGGUGUGUACAAGUUUGAGCUGAAGGUCACCGACUCCAGUGGUCAGACAGAUAUGGCACAGGUCACUGUUAUGGUCCUGACACCAGAACAGUCUGAGGGUCAGUGUCUGGCCCCUAAGAAAGUGGGCCCGUGUCGCGGGUCCUUCCCCCGCUGGAACUACAACGCUGUGACUGACCAGUGCGAGCAGUUCAACUUUGGCGGCUGCAAGGGCAACCGCAACAAUUACCUGUCCAAGAAGGAGUGCACGGAUGCCUGCAAAGGUGCCGCAGCUGUUGCAUCUGGACGGAGUAUCGCUCCAGCAACUGAAGUGUGUGGGAAGAUGUGCCAGGCGGACCAGUUCCGGUGCGAUAACGGCUGCUGUCUGGACAAGACUCUGGAGUGUGAUGAAGUGGCCCAGUGCAGCGAUGGCUCAGACGAGGCUGACUGCAGGAAGUUGAAUAAGACUCUUUCCUGGCUGUUGGACAUGGAUUUGAACGAACGGAAAGCCAUUUGCACGGAAUCUCCGAUCACCGGCCCGUGCCGCGCAAGCAUGACCCGUUGGUACUACGACCCUCUCAGCCGCCAGUGCCAGCGCUUCAACUUCGGCGGCUGCAACGGCAACGACAACAACUUUGAGAAAGAGAAUGACUGCAUGGACGUCUGCAAAUCGGUCACAGAAAAUGAUGUCUUUGCUCGGGGGCUGUUCGAGCGUCAUGAGCAGGAGGAAACCCAGUCAGGGUCCGUUGCCAUAGCAGUGGUGCUGGGCGUGUGCAUCCUGGCCAUCCUGGCGCUGCUGGGCUACUGCUUCCUGAAGGAGCGCAAGAAGAAGGGUCAGCACGUGCGCGUGGCCACCAACGGCGCCCGCUUCCCCCUGACGGACGACUCCGAGCACAUGGUGUACAACGCUACCACCAAGCCUGUCUGAGGGGCUGCCUUGGUUUGGGACUCAAACGUGAGGUGUGUGUGUGUGUGUGUGUGUGUGUGGGGGAGAGAGUGUCAUCCGCACAAGUGUACUGUAUGCACUGUGUGUGCUCAUUAGUUUUGAAUUGGACUGGAGGAAUAUGCUUGUAACACACACACAUCAUCUGUGUGGUUUUGUGUGUUUGAGUGUAUUGCAGCUGGCUGAGUGCAAGUUUUUAACUAGUGCAAGUUUUUAACUAGUGCAAGUCUUUCUAAGAAGUGUUGUUACUCCAAGUUGAUAAUCUGAUGGCAGCAACUUCCUCAUUCUUAUAAUGGUUACCUGUGCACAGAGAUGAAAAUUUCCAUGUUUUGCAUAUUCUGUUGCCAAGGUCAGUCAGCCUCAGGCAUCUCUCUCUCUUUUCCUUCUCUUUCUUUCUUUCUUUCUCUCUCUCUCUCUCUUUCUCUCUCUCUCUCUCUGCUGAAGGGAUAGUGUAAGAGGGGAUAGUGUGCACUGACUUACAAGGCAAUGUGUAUCAUUGCUUCCAUCAGUUUCUGUUUGCUCAGGUUAAGGGAACUCACAGCUGUACUUAACGUGUGUUACUUAUGCAAUAUUGUUUCAUAUGUAGUGAAAAGCCUUUGGGGUAAAUAUGAAGUACUGCAUAUCAACACCCAGCCAUAUGUUUUUAUCUCUGAGAAUACUAGUAAAAAAAUGUACAUAGGUCUUCCACCAUCUGGUGUGUCGCCAUGAUGUGUGUACUGUACUGUACAACAUGUUACCACACACACCAGAGUUAUAGUUUCAGUCUUACACUGAUGUUUUUACUGUAUGAGUAUGUGUUUUAUUUUCUCACUAAGUUUGUGAUUCAAUCAUUUGUGUUAUUAACAUUUUGUGAAUAUGAACGUAUCAAUUAUUUCUCCUCAUUAUUUCUCCUAGUUUUUAAAGGAAGUAUGGUGAAAUAUUUUAUAUAUAGUUACUAUUAUUAUUAUUAUUAUUAUUUUAUGUAGUACAUCAACUAUCUGAAAUAUAAUUGUAAAUAAUAUCACACAUGAAUUCAUCAAUAAAUUAAUUAUGAUCAA